GAAGAGAGGAGAUAAAAAUCAGGCUGAAGCAAGAGAAGGGGAAGCGAGGGGAAGCCUGUGAGUGCAGGGUGAACUGCCUGGCUGCCCGGCAAGAGGGAACCUUCGGGCAGGGCUGCAGCUCGCUCUGUCCGAGCAGCGACCCUCAGGCUGUGGAGAGAGGCGGGAAGCUCCAGCCGAUCCCACCAGGCACCCAGCAUCAUCGCCACAAGGCGGGAGGAAGGGAUGGAGGUCCAGCUGGCCGGUGGCUUGCUGCCCCUGCUGCUCCUUGCCUGGCUGCCUGCUGGACUUACUCACCAGACUUCAGCUACGAUCGAUGUGCUGGUAGGGUUAGAUGUCAUCCUGCAGUGCCUGCUCCCGACCAGCACCACUGGGGAGGUGAAGUGGUUCAAUAUCACCCAAAACAAUGGAGGAAAGCAGAACGAAAGUGAGAUGGAAGAGCAUUCUGCCCAGCUCCUCUUCCACAAUUUGAACAAAGCACAUACAGGAACGUACGCAUGCAGGACGAAGAGCACAGGGACCACGCUCAGGAACAGACAUUCUGGCCAGAAUCCUGGUAAGACAAACAAGCCUACCAGCCCCCAGAGGAGCAGAGAGGAAGGACCGAGGAAGAAAAAGCAGAGACUUAAGAGAGGGACGACUCUGCUGAGGUGGGAAGCGACUGCAGCUCAGAAGUUCAGGAAUAAUUCUGAAGUACCCCAGGGGAAAGUCAGACAGCCAGAAGAGUCAGACAUCCCCAUGGAUUGCUGGUUCAAGAUUUGGACAGAGAAUCUCAUAGUACAUGUGAAGUGGUACAAAUCUGCAGGUCUGGAGAUGGGCAGUCAAACUGACACCGUGGCUCUGGGAGAAAACUGCACCGAACUCACCAGUUCUGACGAGAGUGUAGCCAGCGUGGGACUCUGUGUGUGCAGGGUGUUCGUCACAAGAAUAAACUCGACAGACACUGGAAAUGGCACCCAAGAGGCAGUUCCCACCUGUGUCCCUGGGGCACUUCAGACCAAUGUCACUGAGAAGGAGACCUGGACAGCUUUGUGUGCAGGACUCUACUACCCCUUGUGUAUCAUCUUCGGCUUAGCGGUUGGGACGCUUCUUUACAUGCCAAUAAUUUGCUUUCUGCUGUGGCAGCGCAGAAGGAACAGAAAAGGAAAGCUCACAAGCAGGCAAGUGGCAGAGGAAAAUCAGCUCAGCACGGCAGCCCCAGUGACAGGGACCGAGGACCUGACCUAUGCCAACCUGAAGUUCGAAAAGAAGGGGACUAAACCCACCUCUUCUGACAUUAUUUACACCGAAAUCAAACCAUUGCAACAACAGCAGAAGAGCAGGGAUGCUGGUGCUGCUGAUGCAGGAGUGGAUGUCUCCCCUGAAGGAGGUGGCAAAUGAGGGAGAAAGGAGGGACAAGCAGCUUAUUGUAUGUCCGUCUGGGUCUUCAGCCCCAAAAAACUAGGCAUCAGCUCAUACAGAACUGCAAUCUUGGUGACCAAAGCCACCUAUCUAUCGCCAAACGGCUGCACCACUGUGCUUUGCGUUCCCCUGGAAGAUGCCAUCUCUCAAGGUGAGGACAGAGCUCUUCCAGACGGUUUUCCCUUUGCCUUUCCGCAGCUCCAAGCAGCACUGAGCCUCAGCAACUCCUUUCAUGGCCUCAGGUCAUCAAUGGGCACUUCUAGCAACUUGCACCGUGUUUCAGAAAUGUCUGUGCACUGCGCGGCCACCAUGGUCCACGAAGCAUUCGGUGUCCCCUUAAUGCUGGACAUGCUGGGUGGGGUGGCCAUGAGAAGCUCCUCUUGGCACUGGAAAAGUCCUGGAGGAAUUUUCUGGGUUUUCGCUGGAGCAGGCACCUGCUGUCAUGUGGGUUGACCUUGCUCUGGUUCACUGGCUUGAAACACAAGGAGCAAGGAUGGGAAAGUGUCAUUUGCUUUGCAGAGGUGCAACGCGGCUGCUGCCACAGUGAUCCAUGUGGAUCUGCUUCAUACCAGGAUUGGACGGGUGUCCUUGUGCAUGUAGAGCUUUCCUGUAAUUUAGGAAAAAAAAAGUAAAAAAAAAAAAAGUGG